AAAGUAGGAUAGACAGAGAGGGUGGGAGGUAAGAUCUGUGUUACAGGGUUAUAAAUACAGAUGGUCAGUCCUAUUGCAAAGUCUUCACUUAUCUCCUGGACACACAGACCUCCACCAAAAUGCAUUUUCAUCGCUUUAACCUGGCAAAAUUUGGAUUUUGCAUGUUGCUCUUGCUAGCGCUGAUAUAUCAGGUAUCUAGUGUGCCAUUGGUGACUCCUGAGGUACAAUCAGAUCUUCAGCUUUCACAUAUACUGCACCGCAAGAUACGAAUGUCCCCUCUAUGGCGAAUUAUGGGGUUCAAACCAUAUGGAGCCUAUUGCCAGGACAAUAUAGAGUGUUCCACAGGAUUUUGCAGGAAUGGUCAUUGUUCUUUCAGUGGGCCUGUUCAUUCUUAGUGGAGUGGACAACUGAAAUUUUGAACAGAAAAAUAUUCAUUUACAAGUCAACCCAAUAUGUUCAAAAUGCCAAGACUUUUUUUUUUUAAAACAUGUAAUCAUAGCAUUGUGAGUGUAUGUUGUAAGCACUUUAACUUUUGAUCUGUAUGUAGCACAGUACACAGUGCAUGUGAAGAAAUCUGACUUGAAAAGUUACAUUGGUUACACUGGAUAUCUUUUACUCUCAAGGCACGUAUUAAGAUUUAUUUAAUUAGAUUUACUUAUGCUAAAUCCAAAGUCUCUUUGAAUUGGGUUGUUAUUUUGGAUAAUGUUUUAAUUUCAUUUAUACAGACCCAAAAAUGUCAUGCCAAAUUAUUUUCCAUUUCUAAGCCUUAACCCUUACAUACCUUGUAAUUAUGCUUAGUUAAAGGGCUGUAUUACCCUGUGUGAGCAUGUGUUUUUAAUUGUGAAAUGCAUUAUUAAGAAUUACUGUAUGAUGCCUCAUUAGUGUAUUUGUUAUUAUUUAUAGACUAGACCCUUACUAGAAGUAUUUUCAUGGAAAUUCCAUUUUGAUACAGAUCAUUUUUUUGCUCAUUUGAUCUUUGAUAUAAAGUACUGUAUUUGAUAAUGAGGUAAUAAGGGCAUACAGGAAGGUCAUUGUGACUAAUUCUCAGAAACCCACUUCUAGUGACAAAGGCCAUUGAUUUUCCUCAGCAUGCAUGUGUUAGAGAGAGAGGAGUAUUUGCACAAGAAUGUACUGUAACAGAAUGAUGUCAUUGUACUGUGAACAACCUCCACAUUAAGUCGAAUAAAACACUAAUUCU